AUGGCUGACAUUUCUGAUCUGCUCCACAAUGGUUUCAGCCUUGUGAGUGAAAAGCAUGGACAUGUCGAGAACCUGCAGGACUGGUGUAUUCCUCUGGAGAAACUUUUAGGCUGCAGUGCUCCAGAAGAUGAAAAGAAACAUAAUGCUAUUCAAAUGGGAGAUGAUUAUGCCUGCAGAGGAUGGACGUAUGCAGCACAUAUCUGCUAUGUUGUGGCACAAAUGGAGCUGGGAUCACGUGAGACAGAACAGAGUCCAGCUAAGAAGCAGGCGUUUGAGAGAACUGAAGUCUAUGAAUAUGUUCUCUUCCUGACUUCGGACAGUGGGAAGUUCGGACAGCAACACUUUCAGGUUGCCUUUAAAAAAGUACACAAAGAUUUAAGUCCCAAAAACAUCACCAUUCCUGAAGAGAACCGCAUUUUGCCUCUGGAGGUGGCGUUAUUGGAGAUGGUGUCUAAGCCUCCUCACUGUGAGAAUGUUGUGGAGCUCCUGGAAUGGUUCGAGUCACCUGAUUUCCUCAUCUUAGUGCUGGAGCGACCCGACAACUGCAUGGACCUUAAGCAAUACCUUAUCUGUAAAGAAGGAGGAUUGGAGGAAGCAGACGCUUGCACUAUAAUGCGGCAGGUAGUUCAAGCUGCUAAGCAUUGCUGUGAUUCUGGUGUUCUUCACGGUGACAUUAAGCCUGCCAACAUUCUGAUCAAUCCCGACACGAUGGAGGUGAAGUUGAUCGACUUUGACUGUGGUGACUUGCUGACAGAUGGGGCGUACAAGCAUUAUAAAGGCCAUAAGAAUUACGCUCCUUUUGAGGUGAAUUCCCACAGAGAGUAUUUUGGCGUUCCUGCUACAGUCUGGAGUCUGGGUGUUCUCCUCUAUGUGAUGGUUUGUGCAGAUAUGCCUCCUACUGGAGGUAAUGAGUUCAUUGUUUGGCAUCUGCGGCGAUUUAAACAUCUGUCUCAUGAGUGCUUUGAUCUAAUAAAAUGGUGCCUGGAGGAAGACCUUGAACAUCGGGCAACUUUUAGUGAAAUCCUGAUCCAUGAGUGGUUUACAGGGGGAUGUCAGGACACGGUCCAGGUUUGUCAAAACUUGGUGACUCUGAUGGAUAAACAUAGUGAUGAGAGUUUGAAAUCUCUUCCUGAAGACAGAGCUGAUCCACACAUGACAGGGGAGUCUGAUGUUCCACAGUGUGAUGAACAGUCUGUCUCUCAUGAAAAGAUACCAUUUCCUGGUCCUCUGAUGAGGGAUAUGACAGAGAUCAAGGAGGUGUUAAGGUUUAUCCAGGUCACAUAUGCAGAGUGUUUACACUCCUUAGGUAAUGCUGAGGAGCAGUAUUCAUAUUUCUUCUGGUUGAUUAUGGAGUGCUUCUGUGAACAAAAUAGACAAGUAAACAUGGCUGACAUCUCUGAUCUGCUCCACAAUGGUUUCUGCCUGGUAAAUGAAAAGCACGGACAUGUCGAGAACCUUACGGACUGGUGUAUUCCUCUGAUAAAGCUUUUAGGCUGCAGUGCUCCAGAAAACGAGAAGAAACAUAAUGCUAUUCAAAUGGGAGAUGAUUUUGCCUCUAUUGGAUGGACAUAUGCAGCACAUAUCUGCUAUGUUGCGGCACAAAUGGAGCUGGGAUCACGGUCACACUUUGACUUUGUUGGAUAUAACAGUGAGACAGAACAGAUACCAGUUAAAAAAGAGGCGUUCAAGAGAACUGAAGUCUACGAAUAUGUUCUCUCUCUGACCUCGGACAAUGGGAAGUUCGGACAGAAAUGCUUCCAGAAAUUCAAGUUUUCCUAUGCCGGCAAGCUAGCCAAGGAUGGACAUGAUGAUCAGGCGCUUGAUUACUGUGAGAGCAUUGCUAUAACACUCUGCAGAUUCCCUUACUGCAUGGAAUACAGUAUGAUAGAGGAACUUACAAAGCUCUCUGAAGAUCUGGUUAAAAGGAUGAAGAAAACACAACCCAAGUGGCUGAAAACACUUCAGCAGGGGCAGGAAGGCAGACAUGCUUUUAUAAGCAAUGUGUUUAAGGAUGAUUCAGAACACUGCGAGUUUCAUUCACGCUAUUUUGUCUUUGGGUGCCUUGCGAAAGAAAACUACUACACUUUCUACGCCGGAUUCCGUAAGGCAGAUAACAAAGCGGUCAUCUUUAAAAAAGUACACAAAGAUUUCAGCCCCAAAAACAUCACCAUUCCCGGAGAACACCGCAUUCUGCCUCUGGAGGUGGCGUUAUUGAAGUUGGUGUCCAUGCCUCCUCGUUGUGAGAAUGUUGUGGAGCUCCUGGAAUGGUUUGAGUCACCUGAUUUUCUCAUCUUGGUGCUGGAGCGACCCGACAACUUUAUGGACCUUAAGCAAUUCCUCAUGUGUAAAGGAGGAAGAUUGGAGGAAGCGGACGCUUGCACCAUAAUGCAGCAGGUGGUUCGGGCUGCACAGCAUUGCUGUGAUUCUGGUGUUUUUCAUGGUGACAUCAAGCCUGCCAACAUUCUGAUCGAUCCUGACACGAUGGAGGUGAAGUUGAUCAACUUUGACUGUGGCGACUUGCUGACAGACAAGCAUUAUAAAGGCAGUAAGAAUCAUGCUUCUACUGAAGUAAAUUCCCACAGAGAGUAUUUUGCCAUCCCUCGUUUAGUCUGGAGUCUGGGUGUUCUCCUCUAUGUGAUGGUUUGUGUAGAGCCACCUCCUACCGGUGGUAAUGAGUUUAUUGCUUGGCAUCUGCGGCGAUUUAAACAUCUGUCUCAUGAGUGCUGUGACCUGAUAAAACGGUGUCUGGAAGAAGACCAUAAACGUCGGGCAACUUUCAGUGAAAUCCUGAGCCACAACUGGUUUACAGGCGGAAGUCAGGACAAGGUCCAGGUUUGCCAAAGCUUGGUGAAUCUUAUCGAUGGAGAUAGCGAUGAGAGUAUGAAACCUCUUCCUGAAGACAGAGCUGAUGAUCAUCCACACAGGACAGGGGAGUCUGAUGUCCCGCAGUGUGAUGUGCCGUCGAUCUCUGAUAAAAAGAUACAAUUUCCUGGUCCUCUGAUCAGGGAUAUGACUCAAAUUGAGGAGCUGUUAAAGUUUAUCCAGGUGACAUAUAAAGAGUGUUCACGCUCUCUGGGCAAUGCCGAGCAGCGGUAUUCCUAUUUCUUCUGGUUGAUUAUGGAGUGCUUCUGUGAUCGAAAUAGACAAGUAAACAUGGCUGACAUCUCUGAUCUGCUCCACAAUGGUUUCUGCCUUGUAAAUGAAAAGCAUGGACAUGUCCAGAACCUAAAAGACUGGUGUAUUCCUCUGGUGGAGCUUUUAGGCUCCAGUGCUCCAGAAGACGAAAAGAAACAUGAUGCUAUCCAAAUGGGAGAUGAUUUUGGUCUGACAUAUCUUUGA